CGUGUGUAGACUUUUGGUGGCAUAAUUAUUUCGUAUUAUAAACUACUAAAUUUCAACUUGAGAAAAAGUCUUGAUGGCGUUCGCGUUGCUUUUCACAAAAUAUUACCCAUUUUUCGCAGUAUAAUUAUAAUUAUUUUCAUAAAAUUCCAUUAAAAUCCAUCGUUUUUUUACGGGAAAAAUUCGAUUUUGGAACAUUGAGCCAAAACCAAACACGAAAAAAAUCAACUCAAAACAAAUCGCAACAAUCGAAUACAUAUCAAAUAGAAGUAGCCGUCGCAAGUUUUCUAAGCGCGCAUAAUAAGACGACAAAAAAAAAACCGAUUCGGUAGUGCACAAAAACGACGACCAAAAUAUACCAUAGCUGAAUAACACACAGAGUCACCUCAAUUUUGUGUAUAUAGUUUCGUUUUCGAUUUGACAUUUCAUCAAUCAAAAAAAAAAAAUGAGCCGUUCAAGAUGAAGUCGAAAUCAAGAAGAAGAGGCAAAACAAAAACAAACAACGAACAGCACAGCGAUGCAAAUGAUAAUUUAGAUUUAGACGAUAAGUUGUUGUUAAAAUACCAAAUUAAACAUUGUUCUGUUAAAUUGACUCCCAUAAAUAUAGAACAAAGUGCAAUGGACGAAACGUCACCGACACCACCACCAGUCGCACCAAAGCGAAGAGGUCGCAAACCGAAAAAUCCAUUGGCGGGAAAAGCCAAUGCAGCCACACCAGCAAAAACUGAAGCGUCGGACGGCACCAAGGCCGACGAUAAAAACAAUGAGACAAACCCAAAUGAAAGCAUCGAAAAGGCGGACAAGCCAGAGAAAUUGUCGUUGAGCGAAAGAAAACAAGCGAAAAAGGCUCAAAUUGAAGCAAUCAUUGCUAGCGGUGGUCGCGGUAAACGUACACCAAAACCGAAUCCAAAGUAUAUGGAUGAGCCCGUGGUAAGUGCGAGCAAACAUGGAAAAGAUGAUGAACUGGAUCAUAUUGAAGGAGGUGAAGAUGGCGAUGACGAAAUGAAUCUGUCGUCCGAUGAUUUACCACGCAAUGAGGGGCCUUUGAAAAAGCGUAUGCUGCAGAAAAUCGGCAUGAAAUCGGGACCAGGGCGAAAGCCGGGCUCAGGCAAAGGUACGCCAGGCAGAAAACCAGCCGGUUUUGUUGCAAUCAAACGAAAGCUUGAAGUCGAUAUCGAUAUCGAUGAUGAACAUGGAAAACAACUGUUUUUGGAUGCUAAGCGACGCUUUCAAAACUCUCCGUCAGGUAGCGAAGAUGAUGCACAGCUCAAAAAGAGCAAAAGUCCAAUCACUGAUGCACUGGCGGCUAAGUUACGUUCCAAAUAUCCCAAUGAUUUUAUCAUCAAGCGCACGAUUGCAAUGGAUAGCAAAGCGAGCCCGAUAAAUCGCGCUCGAUUAGUGCAAACCAAAAUUGCAGUACAAAAGGAUGGUGCAUUGGAGCUGAGGAAACGCAAACUGACGGAAGAAACUGAAACGUCUGAAGAUGACUUUGGCAGCGGCCGUGGAACAUCCGAUCAAGACACAUCUUCGGCGAAGAAUAUUAAUCGUCGCAAAACACAACACACGAAAAUCCUUUCCGACGACAAACUGAUUCGGCCGUCUUCAUCCGGAGCACCAACUACAAUUAUUCGCAAGCAAAUCGGCAGCUCAACGGUAGUGCGGCAAAUAAAUAAAUCUCCGCUGGCACAAAAUCAGCUAAUCCAAAGCAAAUUACAAGGAGCCACUUCAGCAAAGACCUACUCAAUAUCGGCACAAUCUCGUGUGAUCGGUACAAACAAACCGGCCAUUCUACGACAACCGCCUCGAAUACUGAACUCGACUUUAUGCAAGCCGACCAACAAAGUAACGGUGCCAUCGCUUGUCACAAAGGUCGUUACAAAAGACGAUUACGAAAAUGAGCUGAACAAAAAGCGUAACAACAAUAUCAUAUCGUCACGUUCAAAGGAGAACAAUGUCACAUCGUACGUAUACACGGAGAAAGAUGGGAAAAUGAUACCCAAAAAACAAAUUGUGCAAGCAUCGCCGCAGAAAUUGGUGCAGCAACGUAAAGCCGUUUUGCCCGUUGUUCGAACGCCGUCAACACAGCAGAGAAUCAUCAGCGAACCUGUCAGUAUGAAUAUACCGAACAGCAGGCGAAUUCGUAAGAUAACAUGCUUUGAGACGUGGUACGUCAUUAAAAUGGCCGAGGAACAACCGAAAGUGGAGAAAUCGAUCCUUAACCUGAGUCUGAUGCAAAUCGGAAACGAAAUCAAGAAAAUUGAGUUGCCUUCUAGUGAAUGGACGUACAAAAUUUUGCUGCAACCGUUGAACAAACAAUUGUUGGCCUUGAGACAAACCAAAGCAAUUGAAAAAGCUACUGAAAAGAAGAGUGCAGCCACUGAGGAAUCGAAUGAGAAAAGUGACAGCGAUAGCAACACAGAGUCGAAAGGAAAGGACACAAAAUCGGACGAAAAGAAAGAAGAGAGCAAAGAUAACAUUAAAGAGGAAAGUUCAAAAGAAGAUGAAUCAACCAAAACGCCGCAAGACGAACCGAAAACUGAAGACACCGAAGAAUCUGCCUCCGCCGAUGAUGAUAACGAUGAAGAGAAGAAGGAUGAAAAGAAAGCGGAUGACAACAAAGAUGAAGAGAAGCCAAAAUUGAAGGCUGAGCUCAAAUCUGAGGAUGGCGCAGAGAACAAGUCAAGCGAAUCAAGUGCCGAGGAGGAAAAAGAGCAGAAGUCUGAUGUGGCAGUGAAGAAAGAAAAGGAUGAAACACCAGCCAAUACAAGCAUUGUACACGAAGUGUACACUGGCGAAGUGCAUGAUCCAAACAUCAAUCCCGAUGAGCGGCAAAACUAUCGGCCGAUUAACAUCAUGUUCCGUCGCAAGUGCCAAAAUCCAAACAUUCGUAUUCAAUUCGAUCGAACGGUAAUUCUGAAGAAUCAAACAUUCUACCUGAAUGUUGAUGGCAAAAACGUGCGGUUGGUUGCCUCACCACAAAAAAUCGAAACGUACGAAGACAUUGCAACGCUAUUGCAAAUCGUUAACGAUAUUAGUCUGAAUAGUUGUUGUGUCGAGCUUGCAACACACAUUGGUUAACACCAGCACAAACAGAAAAACUGUGAAGAAAAUCUAAAAUGUAAUAACAACUACUGCUGAGUCCAUUCUCGUAAUGUGCCGUAGUUUUUGUUGGAUCAAUGGAAAUCAGUAAAUUGUAUUUGAUUUGAGAAUCGAACGGUCGAAAUUGAAACAGAUAAACAGACAGAAACAAAUGGAAACAAACUCGUUGAGCGUUCGUAACGUUCAAAUUAAAAAAAAAAUACUUUAAUCAAACUAACUUCUUUUUUUUUCUUUGGUCGAAACAAAAAUCAUCGAUUUCAUUCUAUUUUUCUUUUCUUUUCAAAAGUACACUUUCAUUCUUUUUUUAUUCGAUUUGCAAUUUCAAUAUUUGUUUUUUCCCUAUCUAAUUUUCUAAAAAUUACCAUCGCUCAUUUGUCAUCACAGAAAAACAAAUCGAAUCUUUGUCAUAGAUUUAGGGCAUCUUCAUUGAGAAAAAACAAAUGAAUAACGUGAAUACCGCAUGAAAUUUUAUUGUAGUUUAUUAUUAUUAUUUCGUUUCAUUCAUUUUUUUUCCAUUUGAAUUUAAAAUUAUGAAUACCCAAAACUUUCAGAAGAGAAAAGUAAUUAAAAUCACGUGUCGGAGAUCAUCUCGUUGAAAUCGAAGAAUGUAAAUGCAAUUUAACAAAUAAUAAUAAUGAUAAUGAUAAUGGUAAAUAAAUGAAUUCUAAAAUCUAUAUAUCAUACAUUUUUUUUUGCUCUUCUGCAUAAAUGCUUUAAGAACGUUCAGUUAUUAUUUUCAAGAGAAUCAUUUAACGGAGAAAUUUAGUUUUUAAAACCUGGCAAAUAGAGAAUAAGUUCAAUUUUAUUAGCUAAUUUAAGAGACGUAUGAAUUGAAACUAUAUUAUAAAAGUUUUGACAGUAAAAAAAAAAUCAACCAAA